GCGGGCUCGCAGUUCAGUCCGUUGACCCCACGCGGUAGAGAGCUACUAGAGCUCCAACAAGUCGAAAGGAUCCGCACAGGGUUAGAGAGGGAACUAAAGCAAGCUACCGAAAGAGAAAAUGAGAUUAGAAAUAGAACAGCCAGGCUUGAUACGUUAGAGGCAGACAAAGCUGCAUUAGAGGAGUUAGAUGAAUCAGCAAUGUCUGACGCAAUGAAAGUCUUAAGGUUCAACAUACUGUCACUGCAUGCGCAUGUGGACAACAGGCUGGAUUUCAUGCAGAACUCCUUGGACCAAAUCUUGGACCUUUUGCAAAGGCCAGGAUUACGGCCAGGAUUACGGCCAGGAUUACGGCCAGCAGCACAAUCGCCAUUGCCGUUAACGGCGAUGUCAGGCCCCUUUCCGAUACAAGAUGGCACACAACAAAGUGUUACGUCUGCAGCAGCCGCACAAACUGUUGCUUCUUCUUCUUCUGGUCCAGCGGCUGGAGCUACAUCACAGUCACAACAAUAUGUUCCACCUCAGGGACAGCAGCAAAGUCCAUGGUACCCAAAGACCCCGAUGAAGCCGCCCCUUGCUUUCUCCCCUGAGAAGAAGGAUGAGGAACUCAACACUUGGUUGAGGACGGUUCCGAUGUGGGUAAGGGCAAAGAGGACGUUGCAGGAGGAUGAGGUGAUUACUGCUGCAUCUUACCUUGAGGGUAAGGCAGCCAAAUGGCUGGAUGGGAUAGUAGCGAAGGCCGGGUUCGGACGACGCAUGGUAGAUUGGGGUAAAACCCUCACUUUAGAAGAGUUCUCAUACAUGGUAGAAGCUCGCUGGCAUAAUCCGCAGCAGGCACAAUUGCCACUGAUGCGAUGCUCAGACUGGACCAGCGAAGUCUGCACCUUCUCCUAUGGAGGAGGGGAACUUAAUCACAAGAUUUCGUUCCUGGUUAGUGACGACUUACCAUUCGACAUGCUGUUAGGAAUGUACUACUUUGAGGUUGCCAAGCCCCAAUUUGACUGGGACAAGAAGGUGCUCAAGCAUGAGUUGCAUGAUGGGAGGACAAUGAGACUGCCCACGUACAAGGCAAGUAGGUUGUUGGACUCCUACGGGUGCUUGUGUGCAUCAGCGUUCUACAACUACUAUAAACAGAACCAAGAGGAGGGUAUGUACGGUCUGUACGAGUUUGUGGUGAUGCCCUUUGGCCUUUGCAAUGCGCCGGGUACAUUCCAGCACGCCAUGAAUAGGAUCUUCCAUGAUUGCUUGGACAAGUUUGUCAUCGUAUACCUUGACGAUAUUCUUGUCUUCAGUAAGUCUGUCGAGGAACCUGCACAGCAUUUGGAGAUUGUUCUCUCACUCCUGCGGCAGCACAAGUACAAGGUCAACUUAGAGAAAUGCGAGUUUGAACGCACUAAGAUCUUGUAUUUGGGUCAUGAACUAUCCGCGGGAGGGAUUAGGCCGGAAGAUGCGAAGGUGGCUAGCAUAAGGGACUCGCCACGACUUCAGACAGUGAAUGAGGUCAGAUCUUUCUUAGGGAUGUGCGGCUACUAUAGGAACUUUGUGAAAAACUAUUCCACGGUCGCCUCUCCUUUGACUGAUCUCACUCGACUUGAUACGUCGUGGGACUGGAAUGAUGAGUGCGAGGCUGCUUUCAAACGAUUGAAGCAUGCACUCAUGAAUCAUGAGCGCUCACGCGCUCACGGGCGAGCAGGGAAGGAGCAGGCAGCCAUAGCCGAGCUGCGCUGCUGUGAGCUGGGUGUGGCGCAGGGUGGUCCUUGGGUGCAUGUGGCACCUGUGUGUUGGGGAACGAGGUUUGACUGGUCAUCGCAAUCGCCAUCAGGUCAUCUGGUGAGAAUAUCUGUGGUUGGGGGCAGCUAUAAUGAGGAGACUCAAAAGGCCACUGACGCAAUCCUGACAUUGAGCGCUCGUUCGUUCAAGUCAGUUAGGGAGGCCACAGACGCAGUAGAGCGUCUGAUCAGUGUCCCUGGGGUUCGCUAUGAUCCCCAAGUCUUACUUACAACUUACCUGAGGUGUCUGCCGAUGCCCAUCAGGAAUCAGUUGGCAGUAGAGGCUAACAUCAAUGUGCACAACUUUCCUUCGUUCAGCAAGAAGGCCCUAGACCUUGAAGCAAAGAUAGGGCAUGGACACAACCCAUCGACGGACGGUAGGAAAAAGACACUGCCUCCCAACUGGAAGGCAAAGGGGCGCAUCAUGUUAGUCGACAACGACGGUUCAACCAUCGAGUUGGACAACGACACCCAGUUGGGAGCUGGUUCAGAGGCAGGCAGCGUAGAGGCUUCAGAGGGUGGAGUAGUCGCUGCCGUAAAUCAACAAAAAGGGGUUGUUGAGAGGGAGGUCGUCCACGCUAUAGAGAUUAUCCCAGGGUCUAGCAUCCCGAAGGGUAGGAUCUAUAGGAUGUCUCCAGGCGAGCUUGAUGAGCUUCGCCACCAACUCAAGGAACUCAUAGAGAAGGGUUGGUUCCGGCCGAGUGUCUCUCCUUAUGGGUCUCAUGUCCUAUUUGUUCCUAAGAAGGGAGGCACUUUGAGGAUGUGCAUUGAUUAUAAGGGCCCCAAUGCCAUCACAGUGAAAAACAGGGAGCCCCUACCGCGCAUCGACAAUUUGCUUGAUAGAGUGCGAGGGUGUCGGUACUUCAGUAAGAUAAAUCUGAAGUCCGGGUACCAUCAGAUUGCAAUCCGGCCUGAGGAUCAGCACAAAACCGCCUUUCAGACCAGGCACGGUCUGUACGAGUUUGUGGUGAUGCCAUUUGGCCUGUGCAAUGCUCCUGGCACCUUUCAGCACGCUAUGAAUCAGAUUUUUCAUGACUACUUAGACAAGUUUGUUAUCGUGUACCUCGAUGACAUACUUAUCUUUAGUAGGACUGUCGAGGAGCACGAGGCACAUCUAGAUGAAGUCCUCGGUCUCCUUCCUCAGCACAAGUUCAAGAUUAACGAUGAGACGUGCGAAUUUGGCCGCACCCGUAUCUUGUACUUGGGUCAUGAGAUUUCCGCGAAAGGGUUGAAGCCCGAUGACACGAAGGUGGCCAGCAUUCGUGAUUGGCCACGACCUCAGUCUGUGACUAACAUGAGAUCUUUCUUAGGGAUGGAAGGCUACUAUCGGACUUUCGUUAAGAACUAUAGCAUAGUCGCUGCCCAUUUGACUGAUCUGACCCGCCUUGACACCCCAUGGGAGUGGACACACAAGUGGGAGGCUGCUUUCAGACAUCUGAAGCAUGUGUUGACGCACUAUGAGGUCUUGAAACUUCCCGAUCCUGACAAGCCAUUUGUAGUAACCACCAAUGCCAGCCAAUUUGGCGUUGGCGCCGUGAUUGCGCAGUAGGAGGGGCCAAAGUUGAGGCCAGUCGAGUACAUGUCCAAGAAAAUGUCGUCUCAGAAGUUGGCAAAGUCCACCUAUGAGAAGGAACUCUAUGCGGUGUACAAGGCUC